AUGGCCGAGCAAGUGUCGAGUCUGGAUGGAGUGACAAUACUUUAUGGAUCCGAGACGGGAAAUGCCGAAGACUACGCUCGUUAUUUGAGUCUGCGCCUAGAAUACUACCAAAUCAGUGCAACUCUUUCAGCACUAGAUGAUUAUCCACUAAAGCAGCUAGUUACAGAAACGAGAUACCUUAUCAUAAUAUGCUCGACGACUGGCCAGGGUGAACUUCCAAGAAAUGCAAAAAAGUUCAUGAAGUUUCUUCUCAAACGGAAGCUUCCUUCUGAUCUACUUAACCAUAUUCAUCUUUCCACACUUGGCUUGGGAGACUCUUCCUAUGUCAAAUUUAACUAUGCCAUCAAGAAGUUACACACUCGUCUUUUCCAGUUGGGAUGUAGCGAGCUUUCGCCUCGAUGUGAAGCUGACGAGAUGUCGCCUCAAGGUGUAGAUGGUUUCUACAAGGAAUGGGAAUCACAGUUGGUGGAUUCGUUGCUAAAGUUCUUCCCCAAUAAAAUUCAAUUGGACGACUCUAUGUUAUCAUAUCCACGGAAUCAAGUGGUUAUAGAUAACUAUGCUGAUGUAGUGGAUACCGUGUCUCACUCUGCACUUGUGUCCCAAUCGAGAAAGCUGCCUGAAGACACGUCAUUGCAUUUCGGUAUACUUAAGAAAAAUGAACGGGUCACUAGUGCCGAUCAUUUUCAGGAUGUCAGGCAUGUCGUAAUUGAGUCGGACAACUUGAAAUACUGUCCAGGUGAUACCGUAGCCUUAUAUCCGUCCAAUGACGACCAAAGUGUAGAUCUUCUAAUUCAACUGCAACCGCAUUGGGUUACAAUAGCAGAUAAGCCUUUGACAAUUCACGGAAAAUUGCCCACUGUCGAUGGUGGACUUAUAGAUACAAAGUAUCUCACCUUGAGGUCACUUUUAACACACCACUUGGACAUUGCGGCUAUUCCAAGAAGAUCGUUCUUUUUCAAAUUAUGGCAUUUUGUAGAUUCUUCGACCGAGGAUGGUGUACGUGAACAAGAAAAACUUAAAGAAUUUGGAGGUCUUGAGGAAACUGACGAGUUGUACGAUUAUGCAAAUAGGCCAAGACGGCUGAUAUUAGAAACCAUUUUGGAAUUUCAUCAGAAUUUGAAAAUACCUAUUGAGUACGUGUUCGAUUUAUUUCCAACAAUCAACCCGAGAUACUUUCUGAUAGCAUCAAGACCCAGCUCAACAAGUGUAGAAUUGGUGGUUGCAAUAGUAGAGUACAAGACUAUAAUCCGGCGUAUCCGUAGAGGAUUAUGUUCUAGGUGGUUGAAGCUGCUAACCCUUGGUGAUAAGCUACUUUUCUCCGUCCAGAAAAUGGACAUGGUCUUCUCACUUCCGGGAUUGGAAAAGCCACCAAUAAUCAUGGUAGCACCAGGCACAGGUAUUGCGCCGAUGAAAUCUUUAAUAGAGUACGUUACUUCCCUGGACAAAGAUCAGGAGUUAUAUCUUUUCUAUGGAUGCAGAUACAAAGAAAAGGAUUAUCUCUUUCCUAAAUUAUGGGAUCUGCUCAGCAAGAGUAACAAGCUUAAUAUAUUCCCCUGUUUUUCUAGAGAUGAGGGAUCAAAGAUCCAUUAUGUUCAAGACAUGCUUUUCCACAAAAGUCUGUUGGUCGGAGACUUGAUCUUGAAUAGAAAUGCAAUUGUAUUUGUUUGCGGGUCAAGUGGAAAAAUGCCUAAACAAGUUAAGCUAACCUUCAGCGAGAUCUUACAUAAGCAGGGCAAUUUGAAAGAGAAUGACGUGCAACAGUAUUUAUUGGAUAUGGAAAACCAAUGUAGAUACAAAGAGGACGUAUGGUAG